UUCGUGUUUCCGUUUUCAGCUGUGCGGUCUGUCUUUUGUAGUCGGCCAUUCAGUGAUACGUUGAACAUUAAUUGAAAACGUUUCUUUAAAAAAGUUACGUUUAUUGUGUCCUGUAGUAUAUUACAGUGUCUUUAGUAGAUUUAUUUAAUUUUAUUUUAUGCUGGCGGGAAAACUGAUGCAGCCGUCGUCUUCUGAAGACAGGUCGACAUUAGCUGAUAGCUUUCGUUAGCACGUUUGGGCCGACUGGAUGUGGAUGUAACCUCGCGCGACGCAGUUUUGUUUUGCAAUGUAUCCGUCCUGGGGAAACUACGGUGCCCCUCCGCCGCAAAGCUAUGGAGGGCCUCGUAAGCCUCCAGGGGGCGGUCACACGGGGCAAACCGGAGGUUUCGGUGGCUUCGAGGCCUCUUCCUCAAGCUCAUCCUCCUCCGGCAGCUCGAUGUUCUCCAGCCUCGAGGAGCAGCACCGCCAACAGAUGGAGCAGCUUCAGAUGCUGCACAAGAAACAGCUCCAGUCUGUGUUACACCACGGGAACAGUGCGCCUGCUUUUGGUGGCGGGCCGCCCUCGGGUGGGUUUUCGGGCUCGUCGUCGUGGCAUUCAGAAAGCAUGGGACACGGCGAGGGUGAUGGUGGGCAGACGUACUUAAAUCAGGAGGCUACCCCGGCUCAGAUGCCGAGAGUUCGGCCGCCGGCUCCCAGACAGGGACCCCAGCAGCAGUAUCCUCCCCCACCACCGCCUCAGCCACCCGCGGAGUCUCAGCCAGUUCCUCCCCCUCCAGAGUCCCAACCACCCGCGCAACCAGAAAACAUUGAGGCUCCCAAAGCUACGGAGGCCAUCAGCAAGGAUUCAGCCACUGCUGUGGACAAAAACGUGCCUUUGCAGGAGCAGCAGCACGUUUGGUACAAGCAACAUCUGGAGAAUCUGCAAAAACUGAAGCAAGAGAAAAGCAAGCUGAGUCAGAACCAAAGUAAUGCCUCUUUGCCACCACUACCACCUGUUAGUCAAGCAGCUCAGCCUCCUCUUCCUCCAUCAGAACCACCGAAAAGCACACCGCCUCCGCCCCCUCCGAAGGAGGAACCCUCUGUGCCGCCUCCACCACCUGUGGGAGUAAAUAAUGAGAAUGUAGGAAACUCACCUACAUUUACAGAAACACCUGAUGUCCCACAAAGCUCAGAAGAAGCAGUCCGUCUCCAGCAGUUACAAGCUGCAGCUGCUCAGUGGCAGCAGGUGCAACAGCAGAGAGCAAGUAUACAAUACCAGGCUCUCAUGCAACAACAUGAGAAGCUUCAGCAAAUCCUUGAACAAUACCAACAGCUGAUUCAACAACCUUCAGACUUACAGUCUAUGUCUGCUGAAUUGCAACUGAAACACUAUGGAAUGCAGCAGCAGCAGUUCAACUCAUUAUUCCAAAACUGGGUUGCGUCCUUUGCCUUAUGGUAUGAACAGUUUCAGACUUAUCCACACAAAGACCAACUUCAGGAAUAUGAGCACCAGUGGAAGCAGUGGCAAGAGCAGAUGAAUGCCACCAAUGCCCACCUUCAAGAAAGGGUGGCCACUCUUUCUGCCAUAGUACCGUUUGCUAUGAUGGGAGCUAUGAUGGGACAGCUUGGUCAGCAAGUGCCUGCUUAUGCAACACAGACAGAAUCACCAUCUGGACCCACUUUGCAAGGAAGUGUCCCUCCUGCGAUCGGAGUGGGGCCUCCUGGUCCCCCGACUGGUCAACCCUCGAGUUUCAAUGAUGUCAUACAACCAGGGCAAAACAGAUUUGACAAGCCACCACCAGGUUUUGCUGGCCCCCCCAGGUUUGACAAGCCACCACCUGGUUUUGAUGGUCCCCCAAGGUUUGACAAGCCACCACCAAGUUUUGAUGGUCCUCCACAGUUUGACAAGCCACCACCAAGUUUUGAUGGUCCUCCACAGUUUGACAAGCCACCACCAAGUUUUGAUGGUCCUCCACAGUUUGAUAAGCCACCACCAAGUUUUGAUGGUCCCCCGCGGUUUGAUAAGCCACCACCAAGUUUUGAUGGUGCUCCAAAGUUUAACCAGCCACCACCAGGUUUUGAUGGCUCACCAAGGUUUGACAAACCACAGCAGCGUUUUGAUGCUCCCCCUCCAUUUGACCACCAACGACCACGCUUUGAUGGGCCACCCAGAUUUGACCAACCGCGGCAGCGCUUUGAUGGGCCACCCAGAUUUGACCAACCACGGCAACGUUUUGAUGGGCCACCCAGAUUUGACCAACCACGGCAACGUUUUGAUGGGCCACCCAGAUUUGACCAACCACGGCAACGUUUUGAUGGGCCAUCCAGAUUUGACCAACCACGGCCGCGCUUUGAUGGCCCCCCUAGAUUUGACCAACCACGGCAGCGCUUUGAUGCCCCCACAAGAUAUGACCAACCUCGAUUUGGACAGCACCCUAGGUUUGAAUCCCCAAGGCCCCUUGGCCCUUUGGCUUGUUUGGAAUCUCCACCGGCAUCUCAGAAAAAACUGCAGGAAGGUCCCCAAUCCAAGUCAGAGACAACCAUUGAGCAAUCAGUCGGUAUGGAUUCAAAGACUCCAUCAAAAUUACCUGAUCAACCACAAUCUGACAAAGACCAAAAGGAACAUCGCUUUGAUGGCCCCCCCAGAUAUAACCAACCUCGAUCUGGACUGCAGUCCAGAUUUGUAUCUUCACCAGCACCUCAGCAGCAGCAUGGUCCACCACCCAAGUCAGAGAGAACCAUUGAGCAACCUGCACGUAUGGAAUCCAAAACUCCUAUAAAACCACCUCAGCCACAAUUUGACAAAGACAAACAAAAAAUGCAAGAUAAGCCCAUUGAUGACCUGGCUGAUGAUAGCUUGCUUGGAGCUGAGGGCUUUUUUGUACAAAACGAUCCCAUUCCUCAAACAUUACCAGGUAGUACAGAGCCUGAGAAAACUGAUGGUGAAAAAGUAUCUGAUAGUAAAACAUGUAAACCUCCUGUAACUACUGAUCCUGUUCCAGUUUCAAACAGUCCCCUCCAAGCAGAUGGACAAUUGACAAAAAAUAAACCACCACAGAUGAUACACACUUCAGAAAUGAAACCAGAGCCACAAAUGCUAUCAAACCCAGAACCUCUAAAUCCUCCUUUUGGUAGGGGGCUAGACCAUCCUCCAAUGCGUGGACGUGGGCUUGGGCAGAUGGGGCCUGGACAGUUUAGAGGACCAAAUCCCAUACAAGCUGGAGAAGAAAUGGAAGAAAUGCCAUAUGACUACAUGCCACCUGAAGAGAGCAAGGGGACGCAAGAUGACCAGUGGCAAGAUCCUCCUUGUGAGGAGUUUGGUGGUGAUGAAUCAGAAGAUCCUCCAGAAGAAACGUGGGUGCCAGAAGAACAGUACUUUCAAGAGGAUGAAUAUUUUGAAGGACCAAUGGGACCCCUAAUGGGGCGAGGUAGACCUCCAAUGAGAGGUGGGCCUCUAAUGGUCAGAGGUGGGCCUCUAAUGGUCAGAGGUGGGCCUCUAAUGGGCAGAGGUGGUCCACCAAUGGGCAGAGGAGGUCCACCAAUGGGCAGAGGAGGUCCACCAAUGGGAAGAGGAGGUCCACCAAUGGGCAGAGGAGGACCACCCAUGGGAAGAGGUGGUCCUCCAAUGGGCAGAGGAGGACCACCCAUGUGGAGAGGAGGCCCUCCAAUGGGCAGAGGGGGACCACCCAUGUGGAGAGGAGGCCCUCCAAUGGGCAGAGGGGGACCACCCAUGGGGAGAGGAGGCCCACCAAUGGGAAGAGGGGAGCCAAUGGAGAGACCCUGGGAAGACACUGAAUCAGCUGAAUAUUAUGAGGAAGAACACCCUUACUGGGAAGAAUGGAGACCUCCAAUGAGAGGUAUGAGACCCCCAUUUCCACCUGGCCGAGGUCGUCCCCGUUGUGGUCACCCUGGUUUCAUGCCUCCAGGAAGAGGACGCCCACCUCACCCACUACAUGGGCAACCGGACCAUGAGCCAUUAGACCAUGAGAUGGAGUCUGAUGAUACAAACCUGGAUCCAUCUCUACACCCAGCAUACCGUGGUCCUGACCCAUAUGGCCCCCCAGUGUAUCCUGAUGGAGCACGAGGCAGGCAGCAUGUACCGCCACCACCUCAUAAACUGAUAGAAGAACCAUCGUACGAUGAAGUAGUGGAAGAAGAAUGGUAUCCACCACCAGGGAGAGGUCCUCCAAUGCCUCCACAUGAGAUAAUUGAUGGGAUAAUUGAUGGGGAAGGAAUAAGGAGAAGACCUGUGGGCCGAGGAAUGGCGAGGGGAAUGUGGCGUCCAGGUCCAGAACAUGAGGAGUAUGAAAAAGAGUACAGGGCGGGAAUCACUGUAGAUUAUGAACAUGGAAGUGAUCCAUAUCGUUUACGUUCGAUAGAGGACCGUCUUCCUGAUGACUAUCACCAUGAAGCCAAGUACCACGAGUCUGUGUGGGACAGAGAGCGAGGGCUUCCUGAACGAGACUAUCCUCCCCGCAUGCCACCAGAGCACAUCAGAGAUGAACGCUGGCAUCAGGAAGCUGAGAGAGAUCACCCAUAUCGAUUCGAUGACAGCACCAGGGCAAGAGGAGAGCUUAGAAUUCGUGAGUACAGGGAUGAGCCGCCAUAUGGACAGGAGGAGGCAGACUUGGGUAGGCCAUCGAGGCUUUCUUCACCACCUGAGAGAGGCUAUCCUGACUAUGAUGAUCGUAGACCUCACUAUGAUGAACUUAAAAGUGAGUCAUGUGUGGAUAUACCUUCACUGCCUGUUGAAUCUGCUUCAGACUUGCCUGGAAGCUCAGCCGAAUUAGCAGCCCAAGGAAUAAGUGCUGCAAAUGUACUUGCCCUCUCUCAACGUCAGCAUGAGAUUAUCCUUAAAGCUGCUCAGGAGCUUAAGCAAAUAAGGGAAUUGCAACUUCCAAACACCCCUACUACUGAACUACAAACCACACCCAGUGAAACUCUGCCAGAGCUUCCUGCAGGCCUCCUUGGUUUGGAGAUCCCAGCAGACGUCAGGAAUGUUCUUAAGGGUAUAAGUGCUGCAGCACAAACACCUUCUACUGAACAAGCACCCUGGGAAAUCAAAUCUGCUAUAUCUGAUUCCUCAAACCCUCCAUUGGUUUCUAAGACAGUUGAUUAUGGACAUCGACACGAGCAUGGGACUACUGUCGAGCGCAUCUCUUAUGGUGAGAGAAUAGUGUUGAGGCCUGACCCAUUGCCAUCAGACAGAGGUUAUGAUAAAGAGAUUGUGGCUCUCAGGGAUCCUUACGACAGAGACCUGUUUUAUGAGAGACGGCCAGACCCUUAUUUGAAUCGAAGAGAGUACAGCAGAGAGAGGGAUUUGUACAGAGAAAAGCCUCCUGAAUACGAAAGAGACAGAUAUGAGAGGGACCGUUAUCAUUCGCGAGAACGAGAUGAGAGGUCUCCAUUGGUGUCUGCUCUGCGAUCAGGAUACAGGGACAGAGAACGAGACAAGGAGCGAAGUGGCAGUCGUGAUGCUGAAGAUCGUUACGCACGACCUGGCUAUGACAGACCUCCAUAUGAGCGCCCCGGACUUGACCGAGUGGACAGAAGAGGGUAUCCAGAGGACCGAGGGCCUCACCCUGCAGCACCCCUCGCACCACCACCUGCCAAAGUCGAGAAGAAGCCUGAAAUCAAGAAUAUUGAAGAUAUCCUCAAAACACCUGGGAGAGUAUCUCGACCUGAGAGGAUUGUCGUCAUAAUGAGAGGCCUUCCAGGAAGUGGAAAAAGCCACGUUGCAAAACUCAUACGAGACAAAGAAGUUGAAUGUGGCGGUGCACCUCCAAGAGUUCUUGUGCUGGAUGAUUAUUUCAUGACUGAGGUUGAGAAAGUUCAAAAAGACCCCGACACUGGAAAGAGGGUGAAAACCAGGGUCCUUGAGUAUGAGUAUGAGCCAAACAUGGAGGACACCUACCGGAGCAGCAUGCUGAAAACAUUUAGGAAAACUCUGGACGACGGCUUCUUCCCCUUCAUUAUUUUAGACUCCAUUAAUGACAGGGUUAAACAUUUUGAUCAGUUCUGGAGUGCAGCCAAAACUAAAGGCUUUGAGGUGUAUGUGGCUGAAAUCACUGCUGACACUCAAACAUGUGCAAAGAGGAAUGUCCAUGGACGCACACUAAAGGAUAUAACUAAGAUGUCCAAAAACUGGGAGUCUUCGCCUCGUCAUAUGGUGCGCUUGGAUGUCCGGUCCCUGCUUCAAGAUGCUGCUAUAGAAGAGGUUGAGAUGGAAGACUUCAACCCCGAAGAGGAGCCUCAGAUACCCAAGAGGGAAGAGGAAGAAGAGGGUGAUUUGGGAUAUAUUCCAAAAAGCAAAUGGGAGAUGGACACAUCUGAAGCCAAACUUGACAAGUUGGACGGUCUGAUGAUCGGUGGGAAGAGGAAACGUGAAGGUGACCACCUGUCAGGCUUAGAGGACUUGCUUCAACUGCCAGACGACUACGCCACACGCACUUCUGAACCCGGGAAGAAACGGGUUCGAUGGGCUGAUCUUGAAGAGAAAAAAGAUGCAGAGCGAAAACGCGCCAUCGGAUUUGUGGUGGGUCAAACGGACUGGGAAAAAAUUACUGAUGAGACCGGUCAGCUGGCUCAACGAGCUCUCAACCGCACAAAGUAUUUCUAAGAGGAGCAUCUUUUAUUUUGGUUCUUAAAAAGGUAUCCAGAAUGUGAACAUGCUACAACUUACUGAUGGUGAAGCAGACAUCUAGGUGUUGUUACCAAUAAUUACCCGUUUUUAGUCAGUAUGCUAAGAUCAACUUAAGAUUUUCUGUUUUUCCUCUCUAAAUACAAUUAGAAUUUGUAGAAUUCGUAAUUUGUGUUUCUUUUGGUUAAGCAUCCAUUUGUGUUCGUUUUCUACUUUAUCAAAUUCAUGUACUGUAUAAUUGUACCACUGUUACUCAGUCAAUGUGUAGUUCAAAUAAACAAUAAAGGUUUCACAUGAAUAACUUCUCAAACAAGCUUUUAGUUGGGUUUUAUGAUGAAAAUGUUUAUUGCAAUGUCUGUGUGACAGUAUGUCAGUCUGACCUAUAUUUGGGAUGACUGAAGUUAUACCAGUAAUGUUUGUGUAUCUUGUUCACCUGGUAAUUCUUCAAAUAAGGAAAAUUCAAAGUAAAUUGUAACACAACU